GGCGCAGUCCGGCCCCGCGUCCGAUAUGGAGAGAGCGGCGGCGGCCUCCGCCAGCCGCAACUGCAACGUUCGCCGCCGCCGCGGCUUGGUGCACUAGAUUGAGGAAGCCGACGCCCGAGCCGUCCUCUUUGCGGUCGCCCCUACCUCUGCGUCGUGCGCUGUGAUGGAGUAAGGACCCUGCAGCGCGUGAGAAGCGUGCCCGCUCCUCGGACCGGGCCGGGGCCUGCUCCCGCGCCCGCUCAGCUCGCCCUGAGGAGGUGCCUCCGUGUCCGGAGAUGCAGCGAAGGCCGCCCGCCGAGCCGCGGGGCUAGACUGAGCGCCGAGUCCUGACCCGAGCGCCGAAGCUGCUGCAUUCUUCUCUCGCCCCGAGGCUGACUGGAACAAACUCGAACGCUGGUUUCCCUUGCUUUCUCUCUCUCUCUCUCUCUCUCUCUCUCCUUUUUUUUUUUUUCGUCUGCAAGUCUCAGGGACGGAGGAGGGGCGCCAAGGCCCCAUGUGUGGGAGUACUGCUUCAGCUCCACAAACUUGCGCGGAUUUUGGUUACUACUUUGGCCAGUGGUUCUUCUCUGAUUUCCUCCGAAUUGUUGCAAAUUCGCCAUUGUUCCCUGGCUGCUUACAAAGUUGGAUCCGGAAUUUUUUUUCAACCGGGAGCCAUCGGUGUCGAAGUGUCUGCAAUGAACCCCGUGAAUGCUACUGCUCUCUACAUUUCCGCGAGCCGCCUAGUGCUCAACUACGACCCCGGAGACCCCAAGGCGUUUACAGAGAUUAACAGGCUCUUGCCUUACUUCCGACAGUCCCUCUCUUGCUGUGUUUGCGGACAUUUGCUACAAGAUCCUAUUGCACCCACCAACUCCACCUGCCAACAUUAUGUCUGCAAACCUUGUAAAGGCAAGAAAAUGAUGAUGAAACCUUCAUGUAGCUGGUGCAAAGACUAUGAGCAAUUUGAGGAAAACAAGCAGUUAAGCAUCCUAGUGAACUGCUACAAAAAACUAUGUGAAUAUAUAACACAGACUACAUUGGCACGGGAUAUAAUAGAAGCGGUCGACUGUUCUUCUGAUAUUUUGGCUUUGCUUAAUGAUGGAUCAUUGUUUUGUGAGGAGACAGAAAAACCCUCAGAUUCAUCCUUUACUUUGUGUUUAACACAUUCCCCUUUACCUUCGACCUCAGAACCCACAGCUGAUCCUCAAGCUAGUUUAUCUCCAAUAUCUGAAAGCACCCUCAGCAUUGCUAUUGGCAGUUCUGUUAUCAAUGGUUUGCCUACUUAUAAUGGGCUUUCGAUAGAUAGAUUUGGUAUAAAUAUUCCUUCACCUGAACAUUCAAACACAAUUGAUGUAUGUAACACUGUUGACAUAAAAACUGAGGAUCUGUCCGACAGCUUGCCACCUGUCUGUGACACAGUAGCCACUGACUUAUGCUCCACAGGCAUUGAUAUCUGCAGUUUCAGUGAAGAUAUAAAACCUGGUGAUUCUUUAUUACUGAGUGUUGAGGAAGUGCUUCGCAGCUUAGAAACUGUUUCAAAUACAGAGGUUUGUUGCCCUAAUUUGCAGCCCAACUUGGAAGCCACUGUAUCCAAUGGACCUUUUCUGCAGCUUUCUUCCCAGUCUCUUAGCCAUAAUGUUUUUAUGUCCACCAGCCCUGCACUUCAUGGGUUAUCAUGUACGGCAGCAACUCCGAAAGUAGCAAAAUUGAAUAGAAAACGAUCCAGAUCAGAAAGUGACAGUGAGAAGGUUCAGCCACUUCCAAUUUCUACUAUUAUCCGAGGCCCAACGUUGGGGGCAUCUGCUCCUGUGACAGUGAAACGAGAGAGCAAAAUUUCUCUUCAACCUAUAGCAACUGUUCCCAAUGGAGGCACAACACCCAAAAUCAGCAAAACUGUACUUUUAUCUACUAAAAGCAUGAAAAAGAGUCAUGAACAUGGAUCCAAGAAAUCUCACUCUAAAACCAAGCCAGGUAUUCUUAAAAAAGACAAAACAGUAAAGGAAAAGAUUCCUAGUCACCAUUUUAUGCCAGGAAGUCCUACCAAGACUGUGUAUAAAAAACCCCAGGAAAAGAAAGGGUGUAAAUGUGGGCGUGCUACUCAAAAUCCAAGUGUUCUUACAUGCCGCGGCCAACGCUGCCCUUGCUACUCUAACCGCAAAGCCUGCUUAGAUUGUAUAUGUCGUGGCUGCCAAAACUCCUAUAUGGCCAAUGGGGAGAAGAAGCUGGAGGCAUUUGCUGUGCCAGAAAAGGCCUUGGAGCAGACCAGGCUCACUUUGGGCAUUAAUGUGACUAGCAUUGCUGUACGCAAUGCUAGUACCAGCACCAGUGUAAUUAAUGUCACAGGGUCCCCAGUAACAACGUUUUUAGCUGCCAGUACACAUGAUGAUAAAAGUUUGGAUGAAGCUAUAGACAUGAGAUUCGACUGUUAAAUCAGUGGGUCUUUAAACCUACCUCUGGUAGGGAAAUAGCUACAGUUUUACGGCAGCUAUGGUUUUGUUGGUUUAACUUGCCGGAGCUCCUGCAUAUAGAUCACUUGUAUCAAGUGUUUUCAUUGCUAAGUUAUAUGUGUUAGUGUCGGGGAAAUAGUUUGCAGAUAAUGGAGGAGUAACCCUACAACUAUAUGUCCUUAGUUCUUACAGAACCUCAUAGUUUGAGAACAAAUGCUGAUGCAACUGAUUUAUACAAAAUGAACUUUGGCAAGGAAAAUAACAUUAACCUCAUUGUUUAUGGUCAUGCUUUGUGCAUAAUCAAAGUUUAUGAUUAAAGUGUAAGGAAGUGGUAUCUAGUCAGUCCAUAAAGAUUGUGCUAAUAUUUUGUGAAAAAGUAGCCAUUAGUUUGUUCAGGAGACUCAGUGCUGCCUUCAGAUGCUAUUGAUGUUUCUCCUGUUGAAAAGCUGAUGUGUCCAGCUCAACCUUUGUGCUGAUGUAAUACCAUUUCUGAUCAUGAAAAUUGGCUACUGGUGUAUGUAGCAGUUGUUAAAUCAGCAGUAUUAUGAAAGAAAAUUUGCCCCUCAUUAGAAUGUUGAAAUCUGUCUUUUAAAAAGUGAACAAACUGAAAUUCUGUCAGACUGCAGAUGUUUAGCUGUUUAUGCUAUAGAACUCUUCUGAGUUGAGUCCCUUUUAUAGUUCACGUCUGACUCAUUUCUAGGAAAAAAUUUGAAAUCCUUCCUUCACUUUUAGCAAUGUUAUGAUUAGAUAAAUGAAGUGGAGAAGAGCAGUUUUAUUCUGAAGGUAAUUUAGAUUAUAAAAUGUGACAGAAUUUUAAAAAAAAUUAUAAAAAUUUUUAUUUAGAAGUUGGGAUUUAUUUAAAAUAAUUUUGGAAUAAUGCCCCAAAACUUAACCAGAUUUAUGCAUUGUAUUUAUUGCUAUUGGCCACUUCUUUGAUUCUUUUUUUUUUUUUUUUUUUUUUUUUUGUUCCUCUGAUAGUUUCAUCCUCUAUUUUGAAUAUGCCCCUUCUCUUUUCUUUCUCUCUCUUUCGGUGCUAUUUGUUAUGAAGGCUUCUUUAUAGAGGCCAAAUAAAAAUGCCUUUUUAUGAAGCCUGUGCAUUUAGGUAGGUUUGAAGCUAGGAGGUUGUUGUUUUUUUUAGAAUGCUCUUUUGCAUGUAAAGCACAAACUGUGUUUCAGUUUAAAUGCAUGUCUUCCCUUUAAUUUUUAUGGGGGAGACAAGUACAAACAUUCUGUUGAAGGGAAAUCUAGUCAGUUGCUUGAAAAGAGCACAGCCCAAACAAAACAAGGACUGACUAGGUUGUAAAGAAAUGACCUUAUGAUUUAAAAGAAGAAUUGCUGCUUUGACAGUGCUUAUUUAAAGAAAAAUACUGCUGGAAAAUUUCAAAUUUCUACUACGUUCACCAUCUCUGAUGAGAUCUGACAUGUUGAAGUUAUGUUUUGAUUUGGCACACAGCAUGUUCAAUGAUGGUUACU